AUGAUGAUCAUCUUGUGCCCGGUGGGGUUCUGUGGCAUGACCCUCAAGGCCGGGGCCACUGUAGUUGCUGUCUACAUGAUCCUAGUGACCAACAUCUACCUGAUCUUUGAGGUUGGCCACUUGGAACGAGCAAUGACGGACAUGGCACAAAUCAAGCCCUUCAACUUAACCGAAGUGGGGAAGAUGCUACCGUAUUGCUACUAUACAGCCAUCACGCUGGCUGUCAUGACCUACCUGGUGUGUGUCUUCCUCAUCUACUCAGUCCCGAAGCGGCUCUACAUGGGCAUGUUCGCCUAUGUCGCAUGGAUCAUCUUCUAUGACCUGGCUAACAGCCUCAUCGUGGCCCUGGCUUACCAGGUCCCCAAAGAAGCCUGGUUUUCCCUCAGCCCCCUGGAGUGGUUUGGGCUGGCCACCAGGAGCCCCAUGGAUUGUUUCUGGCUCUCCUUCGUUGUCAUGUAUGCCCUGAUGGUUAUUGAAAGCAAAGGGCAAGGAAGGCUGUCGCUCAGGAUGAGGCGGAGCUCUAGGAUCGUGUCAGAACCACCCAGGUUUAGGUUGGGCUCCACUGCUAGGAAAGGCGUGAGGGGAGGUAUUGGAGCAGUACGUUGGGCCCCAUUUUCACGUGUUUCCUACUGAUGGAGAUGAGAGACCAUUACCUGUGUAAUCUCCUUCCUCUGUUGUGUAAUUCAGUGUUUCUCUUGCUAUUGCUGCAUUUUCCAGGCUCUGAGUUCAAGUCCUGAAUAAAUACCCCAAAAGCCAAUCAUUUAUAUUUGUGUUUUAGGUUUUUUCCCCUGGCUUUUAUUUUGCAUCAGGAAGCCACAGGGCAUGGGAGUCAGCAGAACUGGGUCUAUUCGGUUCUGCUACCGAGUCACCAAAUGACCUUGAGCGAGUCAUGUCAUCUCCCCCUACCUCAGUUUUCUCAUCCGUAAAAUGGAGAGAAAGAUAUUGCUGUAUAGUAUAUAUGUAAGGCACUGGAAGCUCGAGGGAUGAAAAGCCUGACAUAAGGCCAGAUUUUGAAAGACAUUUAGGCAUUGCGGUGCUCAGUGUUGAAACACCUAACUGAUUUAGGAGCCUAGCUCUCAUUUUCAAUAAUCAAUCAAAGGGCAAGGGCAAGGAAUGUGUAUAGCCCACUCCUCUAAGGGUGUCACCGAUUAACUGGUGCUGGGACCGAGCCCGUGGGGUGUCACCGAUUAGCCGGGACCGAGCCUGGCAGGGAGAAGGGUGUCACCGAUUAACCGGGACUGAGACCGGGGGGUGUCACCGAUUAACCGGGACUGAGACGGGGGGGGGAGUGUCACCGAUUAGCCGGGACCGAGCCCGGGGGGGUGUCACCGAUUAGCCGGCUCCGAGCCCGGGGAGGUGUCACCGAUUAACCGGGAUCGAGCCUGGGGGUGUCACCGAUUAGUCGGGACUGAGACAGGGGAUGUGUCACCGAUUAGCCGGGACCGAGCCCGGGGGGUGUCACCGAUUAGCCGGGGAGGUGUUACACCGAUUAACCGGGAUCAAGCCUGGGGGGUGUCACCGAUUAGCCGGGACUGAGACCGGGGGGGGGUGUCACCGAUUAGCCGGGACUGAGA